UUUUUGCAACUUGAUUUGCUUUAGCAGCAAUUACUCGAAGAAUCGUGUGUUUGGUUUUGUGAUAUAUUUCAAUUAAUUAUGUCGGUUUCUGUAUUCACGAAUACGUAACACAUUAUCCAUUCAUUGUAAUAACUGAGGGUUAUUAGUAAUGAGUAAAGAUGUUUGGCUAUAGCAAAGAAGCAGUUAGAGUGAAAGUCAAGAAAUGUGAAGGGAAACUCCAACCGGAACUAAGAAAAUUUUCUGUGGAUCCACAGAUAACUUCAUUAGAAGUUUUACAGAGCAUUUUAAUUAAAGCAUUUGAUAUUAAGUCUGAUUUUACACUGUCAUAUAGAACCUUGGAUGAUUAUGGACAAGAUAUUUAUUUACCACUUCUUUCUGAUUGGGAUCUUGAUGCAGCUUUUCUCAAGGCUCAUAAUAUAGCUCAAAGUCAGAGAUCAGAGCCAUGUGUUCAACUCAAAGUUGACAUGAAACCAUUUGCGGAAGCAUCGGAAGAUUGGGAGCCCCCUAGUAUUAGUCCAACAUCUAUAGCUCCACAACCAAACAAAGAACAACCAUCUGUUUGUCCAGCACCACAACAAAUUGAUAAACAAGAAUCACAAACCGGAUUUCAAGGAUUAAUUAUGAAUCAGGUAGAAAAAACAUUCAACAUAGUAUCAAGGGCAUUGAAUUUAUAUGAGGAUCCUAACACACCACCUCGGGCACCUCUGAAUGACAUUGAGUUCAGGUCAUUCCUGGAUGCAGUGGGUCAAAUAACAAAUACUUCAAAGCUACGAGAGGUUAUAUACUGCGGAGGGAUUGAACCAAGCUUGAGAAAGGUUGUCUGGAAACAUAUUUUAAAUGUGUAUCCCGAAGGUAUGACUGGGAGGGAAAGGAUGGAUUAUAUUAAGAGAAAAGCCAAUGAAUAUUAUGCACUUAGAGCUCGGUGGAAAGACUGCAUUCAGAGAGGAAAGGUGGACGCUGACUUAGCUUAUGUUACGAGUAUGGUGAGGAAAGAUGUGUUACGUACAGACAGACAUCACAACUUCUAUGCCGGCAGUGACGAUAAUCAAAAUAUUGCAUCACUUUUCAACAUUUUGACGACGUACGCAUUAUAUCAUCCUACGGUGAGCUACUGUCAAGGUAUGUCAGACCUGGCCUCGCCGCUGCUGGUGACUAUGGGUGAUGAGGCCCACGCCUACAUCUGUCUCUGCGCUCUCAUGACCAGGCUCUAUCCUAACUUUCUCUUAGAUGGCGAAGCGAUGACCUUGAAAUUUAGUCAUUUAACUGAAUCGUUACAAGUAUACGAUCCCGAUUUCUACAAUUACUUAAAAUCUCAACAAGCGGACGAUCUUUUGUUCUGCUAUAGAUGGUUACUACUAGAAAUGAAAAGAGAAUUUGCUUUCGACGACGCUCUCAGAAUGCUGGAGGUUCUGUGGGCUUCGUUACCGCAAAAAACGCCGUCAUUUGAAUUACCUCUCAAAGAAAAGGACUUUAAUCCGGAAAUAGAAGAAGAAAUAAACCCGCCUCCUUUGAGUCCUAUGGUCAAAGCUCCUCGAGAAAAUGCUUACACCAAAGUUUGUGCGAUAAGAAGACAGAGCUCUAGCUUCAGUUUAGCUAAUAUAAAAGCGCCCAAACUAGUCACGAUCAAGCAAACGAAUCAUAGCUUAGAUGAAAACUUCACUCGUAAAGUUUUAAACAACACGUCACUACAACAUGCCAAGGAAUUUCAAAGUCUAGACGACGCCAUACUGCACACUCGGAAACCACAAAAUGAACAUCUUGAAAGUAUUAAAGAUGAAUGUAAAGAGCAAAGUUUAAGCAAAGACGUAAAAUUGACCGUUAACCGAAAUAUGUCUAGUGUACCUGAACAUGUCAAGUGUUCGGACAAACAAAACCCAGGAGUUUCGGAUUGGUCGAGCGCUGAGAACUUAGUGAACGGCACCUCACAUACAGAUGUCAAGGAAACUCCGCUGGGAAGUCAAAUAAGAUUACUACGUGAUAAAAUUUCUAUUCACAACAACCGGUUCUUUUCAUCAUUAGAUAAACUUGACGACACAACUGUCACGGAUGUAAAUAAACCUAAGAUUAAGAUGAUAAAAAAUUUGAACGAAUUUCUAAACUUCGCUACCGGAACUAAACCUGGAAACUUUAAACAAGAAAAGCUUCAACGAACUCAAUCCACCAUAGAUAAUACAACUUCCAAAGACUGUCCAAGAAUUACUUUAACGAAGACGUCUUUUGAUGAGAACGAUCUAAAGAGUCACAGAGGCCACAAAUCAUCUAAACCUUUUCAAUUAGAUACAAACGACGGGAGCAGCCCUGACGACUCCCAAGAAUACUAUCCCAUGACGACCUCUAUGACGAGGGAACUGAGACUGGAGCUGGAACAUUUAGAUCGUCAGGUCUUCGGAUCAUCAUACGUAAACAGACGAAGUAUGAUUAGUGACUCUCCCUCUGACUCUACAAGCUCCGAAGAGAGACCAACUAACAACUAUACCGAGUUAAAGUCUGAAUGCAUCACCGCCUUAGAGAUACAAACGGAAAAUGUUGAAGCAUACGAAACAACGAAGAAAUCGCCAGUGUUUGAAACUAUUAAAUCGAACGCAAGGAGUGCAGAGGAUAUUUAUCUAUGGGAAAAUCCUCUUCAUAGAAACACCCCCACGACUCGCACCACCGCCAGCUGUCCGCAGACUCCCGAUGAACAAGCGGAAUUAGAUUUCGAUGGAGAUACUGGGGAAAUUUUCGAAGAACAUUCCGGUAAAAAAUCAGUGACACCGAUACGACUAUUGCGAAAGAAUCAUUCCUUAGAAGCACAGGACGUAUGUCGUGACAAUAAUAAACAUUCCGAAGGACAUUCCAGCGAGACAGAUUCCUCCGAGGGAGACGGUGUCGAGUCCACCAACACUGGUACUCUCAAGGAUAGCGAUAAAGAAACAACCCCCAAUUCUAAAUCGCAUAAAUUCUUCUCCAACAUGUCACAUGAACUGGAAAAUGCGAAAAGAAAUUGUGAAUCGAUUUUGAUCGCUAAGCAGUCCAAUUUACAUAGCGUAGCGUCGACCAUUAAUAACUUUCAGAAAAAAUAUGAAGUAUUUAAGCCGCCGGUUCAAAAACCGGUCAUAUAUUCUGGAAGCGGGGAGAGUUCUGCGAAGAUAAGCAUCGGCAACCUGCCGGCCCCGACUGUGUUCGGUGGCGGGAAUCCCUUCCUCAUGUACCUCUGUCUGACAGUUCUGCUGCAGCACAGGGACUACGUGAUGAGGAACCGCAUGGAUUACAACGAACUGGCGAUGCAUUUCGACAAGAUGGUUCGCAAACACAACGUAAACAGGGUAUUGAAUCAGGCGCGACAAAUGUACGCUAUAUAUUUGAAACAACAAGCGCAAAAGACUGCCGACACUUGAUUAGUAUUAUUAUUUUAAGCACCGAGAUCUCUUCAAUUUGCUCAUAAGAACGUAAUAUUGUAAUAAUUAUAA